AUGGCGCCAAAAAAGAAGGGCAAUAAGAAACAACAGGACGAUUGGGAGGCUGAACUCGGUGAAUCCAUCACGCCCACGAACGACCAACCCGAUGCCGCUGCCCAUGAUAAUGCCGCACCCAAUGAAGACGAUGAAAUGGGAGGCGGCUUGUUAGCUGCCUUGCGAAAAAAUCGGACCCGAAAGGCGAAGAAAGGCAAGGCUGUUGAUAAUGAUUUCGUGGAGGGCGAAGACCCGUCGGCUGAUACUGCUGCUGAUCUUGCGAGCAAGCAGCCCGAGGAAGCUACAUUUGAUGGAGAUGAUGUUUUCGCGGGGAUUGAAAAGCAACCAAAGGGUGGCGCGAAGAAAGAGCCCCAGCAGCAAAAGCCGCAAGGUACAGAAACAGGUGGAGCUAUGAAAUCGAAGAAGGAGAAGGAAAAGGAAAAGAAGGAGAGAGAAAAGCAACGAAAAAAGGAGCAGGCUGCGAAAAAGAAAUCUCAGGCGCCAGCUGAAGCUCCUGCAGCGAAGGCAGAGCCCGCCAAAGCCGCGGCACCUGAACCUAAAGCCGAACCAACACCUGCACCGGAGCCCGCUGGGAAGAAGAGAAAGGUUCCAGCACAUCUUGCAGCUAUUCAAAAGCAACAGGAAUUGCUCCGGAAAAAGCAGGAGGAGCAAGAGCGUCUUGAAGCUGAAGCAAAGGCACGCGAUGAAGAGUUCCGGCAAAAGAUAGAAGAAGAGGAGCGUAAAAAGGAGCAAGCACGCCAGAGAAAGAAGGAAAAGGAACCGGGAGAAGAAAGGAACAAUUACGCAGAGAAGGAAAGAAGCAAAGGAACGCAACAAGCUGCUGGUGGCAAAGUCGCUGGGUUGGAGCAGGAGGCAGACCGUGCCGAACCGAAAAAGCCGCUGUAUGAAAAGAAGAGACGUGGACCCGCAAAACGGGAGGAGGUUGAUUUGGAGGCGGCUGCUGCCCGAGCUGAAGCCCAGCGCAAAGCCGAAGAAGAGGAAAAGAAGAAACGAGAGGAGGAAGAGCAGGCUCGGGCCGCUGCUGAGGCGGCCGCUAAAGCAGAAGAAAGCGAUGAUGGCAUUAAGGAUAGCUGGGAUGCUCCUUCGUCCGAUGAGGAAGAGGAGGAAGAGGAAGCAGGCGAAACCGGAGAGUUGCCGACGAGGACACAGAAGCCUGAUGAAGGUUCACCAGAAGAGUCAGAGUCAGAAGAAUCGGAUGAAGAGGGAACCGCGACACAACGAGCAAUAGCCCAAAGGAAGGCCGAAGCAGCUGAGCGGAGAAAGAGACAACACGAAGAAGCUCUUGCAGCAAGAUCUACAGAUAAUCUACGGUCCCCGAUUUGCUGUAUUCUUGGGCACGUUGAUACCGGAAAGACGAAACUCUUGGACAAAAUUCGACAAACCAACGUGCAAGAAGGAGAAGCUGGCGGUAUCACACAACAAAUCGGUGCAACCUACUUCCCCGAAGACGCUCUUAAGCAAAAGACCGCUGUCGUCAAUAAGGAUGGCAAGUUUGAGUUCAAGGUUCCCGGUUUAUUGGUUAUUGAUACCCCUGGUCACGAGUCUUUCUCCAAUCUGCGUUCUCGCGGUUCAUCUCUUUGCAACAUUGCCAUUUUGGUUGUCGAUAUCAUGCACGGCCUGGAACCACAAACACUCGAAUCUAUGAGGUUGCUGAGAGACAGAAAGACCCCAUUCAUUGUUGCGUUGAACAAAAUUGAUCGACUCUAUGGCUGGAAAAAGAUUGAUAACAACGGGUUUCAAGACAGCUUAGCGCUUCAAAAUAAGGGUGUCCAGAACGAAUUCCGGGACCGUGUCAACCGGACGAAGCUUGCCUUUGCGGAGCAAGGAUUCAACUCCGAGUUAUACUGGGAAAACAAGUCCAUGGCCCGCAAUGUGUCUUUAGUUCCUACGUCUGCUCAUACUGGAGAAGGUGUUCCUGACCUGCUUAAACUUCUAGUCACUCUCGCACAGGAACGCAUGACGAACAAACUGAUGUAUUUAUCCGAGGUCGAGUGCACUGUUCUCGAAGUCAAGGUAAUUGAAGGUCUCGGUACUACUAUUGACGUCGUUUUGUCGAACGGUAUUCUGCGUGAAGGCGACCGAAUAGUGCUUUGUGGCCUCAACGGCGCCAUAACUACAAACAUACGAGCGCUUUUGACUCCUGCUCCUUUGAAAGAACUGCGCAUCAAAUCGCAAUAUGUUCAUAACAAAGAGGUUAAGGCUGCAUUGGGUGUCAAGAUUGCCGCCAACGAUUUGGAACAUGCUAUUGCGGGAUCUAGGCUAAUGGUCGUGGGCCCUGAUGACGAUGAAGAAGACUUGGAGGACGAGGUCAUGUCCGAUCUGGAAAACCUGCUCAGCAAGGUCUCCAAAGAUAAUCGUGGAGUCAGCGUUCAAGCAUCGACUCUUGGUUCUCUUGAGGCUCUGCUUGAGUUCCUCAGGGUAUCGAAGAUUCCAGUGGCAAAUAUUUCCAUUGGGCCCGUCUAUAAACGUGACGUGAUGCGCGCCGGAACCAUGUUGGAAAAGGCCAAACAAUUUGCGGUUAUGCUUUGUUUCGAUGUCAAGGUCGACAAAGAAGCACAGGCAUAUGCAGACGAAGUUGGUAUCAAGAUCUUCACAGCAGACAUCAUCUAUCACCUGUUUGAUGAUUUCACUAAGCAUAUGGAGGAAAUCUCGGCGAGGAAGAGGGAAGAAAGUAAACUUUUGGCCGUGUUCCCCUGUGUUUUGCAGCCAGUCGCCGUGUUCAACAAGAAGGAUCCUAUUGUCAUUGGUGUGGACGUUACCGAGGGCAAUCUACGACUACUCACCCCGAUUGCUGCCGUCAAGACUAACCCAGUAACCGGACUUAAAGAAGUGUUCAACUUGGGCAGAGUACAAUCCAUCGAGCGUGAACACAAGCAAAUCCCCAUGUGCAAAAAGGGUCAACCUUCCGUUGCUAUCAAGAUUGAAGGGCCCAACCAACCACUCUACGGUCGACAAUUGGAAGAGAAAGACACGCUUUAUUCGCUCAUUUCUAGACAGAGCAUCGAUACCUUGAAAGAGUUCUAUCGAUCCGAGGUUUCUAUGGAGGAGUGGGCGCUGGUUAAGAAGAUGAAGCCUCUUUUUGAUAUCCCAUGA